AUGAGAGAAGAAAACCAGUCUUUCACCACAGAUUUCAUCCUCUUAGGAAUUACUGGACAUCAGGAAAAGGAAAAUUUCUUCUCCUUCCUCUUUCUGUUCAUUUAUCCCAUCACAUUAAUUGGAAACAUGCUCAUCAUCCUAGCCAUUCUCUCUGAUGUUCGUCUUCACAAUCCCAUGUAUUUCUUCCUUGCAAAUCUCUCCCUUGUUGACAUCUUCUUCUCAUCUGUAACCAUCCCCAAGACAUUGGUCAACCAUCUCAUGAGUAGCAAAGCCAUCUCUUUCGGGGGAUGCCUAACACAGAUGUAUUUCAUGAUAGGCUUGGGUAACACAGACAGCUAUAUAUUGGCUGCAAUGGCAAUUGAUAGAGCCGUGGCCAUCAGCCACCCACUUCAUUACACAUCAUUUAUGAGCUCCCGGCUUUGUGUCUUACUGGUUGUUGGGUCUUGGGUGGUUGGAAAUGCCAAUGCCCUUCCCCACACUCUGCUCACAGCUCAUCUGUCCUUCUGUGGAAACAAGGAAGUAGCCAACUUCUACUGUGACAUUACCCCUUUGCUCAAGCUGUCCUGUUCUGACAUCCACUUUAAUGUGAAGAUGAUGUAUCUGGGAGUUGGUGUUUUCUCUGUGCCUUUGCUUUGCAUCCUUGUCUCCUAUGUUCAGGUCUUCACCACAGUCUUACAACUUCCAUGCACUAAAGGAACAAUCAAAGCCUUCAACACCUGUGGUUCUCACCUGACAGUGGUUUCUUUAUAUUAUGGAACAGUCAUGGUCACAUAUUUCAGACCUCUCACCAGUUACAGUCUGAAAGAUGCAGUGAUAACUGUGAUGUAUAUGGCAGUGACCCCAAUGUUAAACCCUUUCAUCUACAGUCUGAGAAACCAGGAUAUGAAGGUUGCUCUGGGGAAACUCUUCCACAGUAGAACCUCCUCAGCUCCACAGUGA